AUGUAUAAGUACUGCAAUUUUAACAUACCAUUACUUGGAGCAGCAUUUCUUCCUCUAAUUCUGUUACGAGUGAGAGGUAGUGAAGCUUCCUUACCAAGUACCUUGGUGAUUUCCUUAACCAAACCCGCUUCAUUAUUCGAAUCCCCCAUGUGUAAUCGACGACGUUGAUUUUUAGGCAACAUCUCCAAUUUGUUUUCCUCGACGAAUUUUUCGAAGGUUUCAAGGUUUGGUUGUUUGGGAGCUGGUUCCUCAAGUUCACUGCUUUCUUCCAAAUCAUAAACAUCGCCUUUACGAGUAAAGACUUCAUUGAGAGGAUUCGAAUUUGAAGUGAUUGCUGGUGAUUUCCUCCAGUUAUGCUCUCUCGCUUUCUCAGUCAUGGAGGUAGACUGGGGCGUUUUGUUCUUGGGUACAUUAAACUUGCCACCUCUCUCAAUAAUAAUCGGGGUUGUUUUAACUGUAGGAGCCGUUUUACUCCGACAUCGGCCCACAACCCUGGAAGUAGAGGCAUGAGACAAAGGAGUCUCUUUUUCAGAUUGUGAGGCUUCUUGAGGAAAAGUAAAAAUACUAAUAGUUAGAAAGAAAAAUAUAUAAAUAAGAUUUGAUGCAAACCGAUUUACAACUUUGAAUUCAUAAUCUUGAUCGUCUUCUUCGAUCUCUUUGGCAAGACGUUCCUCUGAAGACAGUUUAUUGUGCGACACACUGGCAAUAUCAUCAUCUGAGCUAUUAAGGUCGAUGGCAUCCGUAAUUGGAACUUCAAGAGUUUUACAACUCCCAGUGCGUGUUGGAGUUUCAAGUCCACUUACAACGGAAUAUGGUGAAUUGACUGAGCGACUUGAUGGAGCUCUUGAAGAAAGCCUUCUUGCACUGUUGCAUUCUUCUGUCCUAAUAUAUACACCGAGAGGGGUCCGAGCAGUCUGAUGUUUCAAUCGGGGUUUUGGUCGAGACAUGGGCUUUUUGGGUGAAGGAAUGUGA